UAACCCAAGAACUCCCCCUAGGCUAUGUCAUGUCAGACAGGAAUAGUAGCGUCCUCACGCCUGGCUGCCUACCUAGCCAGCACCUCACACCACUCUGACAGGUGCAUUCAGAUUACUAUUGAGGAUGAGGAACUACAACUUAUACAGAACAGGAUAGCAGCCAGUACCUACGAGGCAGACUGGGACCGUAACGUUAUGGUCUGUAUUGAAGACAGUGAGCCCUGUUACAUCUUCUAUCGGCUGGACGAUAAAGUAAAAGUAACCAAAGAAACAAAAGGAUUGUUCAAACGCAAAAAGCCCGACUCCACUUCGUCACAAUACCCAUACAAUGACUGUGACGGGGUAUUCUACUACGUGUUUAUGUGUUACGUACCAAACGAUACAUCUGUUAAGAAUAAGAUGUUGUACGCUGCCACCAGGGCCACCCUCAGACGCAUAUUCGGAGAUAACCGAAUCUCUACGGAGUACAUGGGAACUGUACCAGAAGAACUAUCUCUGCAAGGUUACAAGAACCACGUGCUCUCAGCUGGUUCUAAUGCUCCCAUGACAGAGGCUGAGAAAGAGCUGGCUCAGGUGAAGAAAGAUGAAGCAGCAAUGCGGUCCCAGAUGUCCACUAACAGUGCCACCCUCCCCGGUCUAAACCUCCCUGCCACACAGGACCUGCUCAACAACCUGGAGAAGUUCAAGAAGGGAUUCGUCAAUUACCUUCAGAUUAAACUUGAUACUGAUAAAGAGGAGUUAAAGCUGUGGGACUGCGGAAACAUCCAGGGUUCCGAGUUAUCAGAGAAAAUACCGCAAGACGAACCGCGAUACCAUUUGUUUAACUUUAAUCACGAUUUUGAGGGUGAAAAGAUCUGGAAGGUUGUGUUUAUAUACUCCUGUCCUGGAUAUAGUGUACCAGUGAAACAGAGAAUGAUGUACAGUUCUACCAAGUCCUGUUUCCUCGACAGUCUCGCUAAAAUGGACAUUGAAAUCGCUGCUAAGCGGGAAAUAUCCGAGGGUGAAGAAGUAAAGGAAGUUGAUGUUUACGAAAUGAUACAUCCUCAGAAACACGCCUCAAGAGCUCACUUUAUUAAACCAAAGGCUCCCUCCAAAGGAGGACGACGUCUCAUUAGAAAUAAUAAUUAAUCUAUGAAUUAAUUGAACUCAAUCAAUAACAGUAAUAUAACGAAAAAGAAUUGGUGCGAACGUGCUUUUAAAAGAAUUAAUUGAAAUUGUUGGUGUUAUAUUUGUUUCACGCUUUGUAUUCAUCAAUAUACGGGUUUUGCCGUUUUGUAGUUUUUAAAUGUUCCGUUUCGUGCAAUACUGUAACUAAAGUUUCUUAACAAAUUUAUUAAGGGAUUUUUUGUGAUUAGACAAGUAAUGAUCCCGUUUGGCGUUAAAAUUUUGACAGUCCCAUACAUUUCCAAUUUAAUAGUUGAAUAAUUUUUGUAUCUUUGUCAAUAACCAUAUUAUUGUAAUUUAACAAAUUUUUA